GGCCGAGUGUAUCUCGCAAGAUUAUUAUGGAACUGAUGCUGAGGAACGGCCCACUACCAGAGAGACGCCAACACGCAAACCACGCUCAAGCGGCAGACAUGCAGCCCAACGAAACAGACAACAUCCUGCAGUUUCCAGCUACCACCAUGGGCACCCAGCGAGAGACUGGACUGAGGAGAAAGUGGCUGCUCGUGCUGGUCUUCACCGGGGUUGUCCUCCUGGCCGUUACAGUGACCGCGGUGGCCAUGCACUACACAUAUGGAAAAGGAGCAAAACAUGCUUCCAAAGGACACCAAGGCACCAAGGCACCAACUCCAAACACAUAUAAUAGAGGAGCAAAAAAUGCUUCCAAAGGACACCAAGGCACCAAGGCAUCAACUCCAAAAGCGAAGACUGAACCUCGGGAGCUAUGGCAACUCAAUGGGGAGGACUUCUAUCUUGUCUGGCAAAGCAAUGGUGCAGACUGUGACACUGCAAAGAGGUUCUGUGCCAAGAGAAACGCUAGCCUCGCUUUAAUGGAUCAGAAUAAUGUGCAUUCGGUGAAGAAAAUGUCAAAAGGGAAAAAACUAUGGGUACUCGAAGAAGAGUUAGAGGGAUCAGGCUCUGAAAACAGUCAGGCCCCUGAUGCUGGUGAUGCGGCCUGUACUCUGCUUCACGCUGCCUCCACCAAUGACUCGACUGGAGACGGCUGGAUUUGCAUGAAAGGAAGGUGAACGUGCCCACAGAUGAAAUCAGAACACACUCCGCCCAAUUUAAAAUAUUUGUUUGAAUCUAAACACACACGUGUGUGUGAACACACACACACACACACACACACACACACAUCCAUGUCAAAGUGGACAAUUUUUGGGUUGAGGCAAUGUUCUCAAAUUUAAACCCAAAGACACAUUAGUCUAUACUGAGUAAAUAUGCUUGAAUGAAACAUGUCUACUUUUUUUGCUAUAUUCUCUUGAUUAUGUUAUCAUCCAAAUAUUUUGAUGUUUUUAUGACUAUGAUGUGUUUUUGACCAUUUUAUUAUCAACAUAUUUUCAUUACUUUUUUUCACUGUGAAUUACCUUGACUUGUUUCGUCAGUUACAUAGCCUACUCUUUCAAAUUAAUUGGCCAUUUGCUUUUUCAGUUGGUGGUAUUGUAAAUUCCUUUGAAUGUACAUACCAAUUUUAUGUUCCCAAGUUUGCCAAUGUCAGAAUUCCACUUUGCCAUCCUGAACAUAUCCAGUGAGACUCAAUGCAGAGUCAGUGCAGACAUGUUUCAAUAAAGACGUUUUCAGCUUU